GGAGACAGCACAGGGUGGAAUCUGGUGCAAACCAACACCCUUUGCAAAACAGGGGGAGCUCUGGAUAAGAGUUUUUGAAAAUAUUUCCUUCCACGUGGUGUGCAGUUGGUUUCACUUCUGUUUCACUUGGGCUUUGUUGGAAGAUUCUCUUGAAAGAGGAGGUGAGAGUGGAUCACCUGGAGCUGAUCACCUGGAUUGCAGCAAAAAAAACCUCCUCCUCCACAACAACAACAACAGCAGCAGCAGCAGCAAAAGACAGACAAGAUGUGGGGAGAGAAGCAAUACAGGUGGUUUCAGUGCGUCUUGGGGCUAGUGGGCUGCCUGGCUCUCAUCUAUUCCAUCUGCACCCCUUUCUGGAUCCAGGACAGGGAGGUGAGCAAAGGGCUGUGGAACUCCAUGGCUAUAGUCAAUAGCACAAACACCACAGUCACCAGACUGGGAGAGGAAUACAACCGAGAUGUGGAAGCAGAGCAAGUAUUCGGAGUGAUUGCAUGUCUCAUGGCAAUCAGUGACAUCUGUCUUUGCUUUGUGUUCAUUUUCUUCUGGGAUGCGGAGAUCCACACUCACUCAAGGAUGAAUCCUGGGCGGAAGUUGUAUCCAGUAACCCUGCUUCUUACAUUAUUUGUGACGACUGGCUUCUUGUAUCUCAUCACAUGGUCUGUGUUCACCAAACACUACAAGCACCAAAUCAAGGAUAUUAAGCAACUUGGCUCUUCAUUUUGGAUGGGAACCUUCUCUUGGGUCAUUCUGCUGGUUGUUUCACCAGUUACCUACAUUGUCGAGCUGUGCAUUUCUCCCGACCAAGAGAUUGAGCCAAAAAUCGUGAGAACUGCCCUAUUACCUAAAAAGAGAAAAAAAAAAUCAUUUCUUUAAGACUUAUUAGACAUUGUAAUGGUAUCACAACUUUUUGGACACCUUGUACGAGCUUGCAUUCAAAACACAUGCGUUGUUGUUUUUCGAACACUGGCAGCUUCUAGAAGAUGAAGAUUAUUUUUAAAACAAUGAUUGGUUCAGAGCCUACAUUUGAAAGACAUUCUGUUCAGACCUGGAAAAGGCUGGCUUCAGAAAGAACUAUUGAGAGGAUAGCCAAGAUACUUGAACUCAUAAGAUCCAUAGAACUAAUGGAUAAUAAGUCAGGUCUAUGGAUGCAAGGGCAUCUAUAAACUUCAUACCAACAACUUCAUUUACCUUUAACACGUUGGGCUACGUGGACCUUGGUUGUGUGGAUACAAACCCACUACCCAGGGCAGAAUUUUGUAGAAUAGUAUUGCACAUGGCUUCUUGUUGUUCAAACUGUUUCUUGCUAACCCAUGUGCUGUAGAUAUUACUGAGCAGAUGGGCUGCUUUAAUAAAGUUAUUCCUUCUAAGUGCAAUAUUUCAUCUCCAUCCAUUGCAAUAUAAAUCUGUUGCAUUUUUUAACAGCCAAAUGAAAUGGGGGUAAACUGCACAUCUUCAAAGACCAUACCCUCACCUUGUUACCACAGAAGGCAGUCAGUCUUUUACAGAAAAUUUGUAUAUUAAUAUUACUGUAAUUGACAUACAAGAGGUCCCUGUCUGUGAAGUGAGGAUUUGCAAGAGGAAACUAAAGAGCAAUCUGAGUGGAAACCCACAUAAACAUUCUGCUUCCACAGGGCCGCUUUCUUUGCUGGAUAAUCUGACAAUCUAUCUUUUUGGUGACAAACUGAUUGUUGUUUCCUGGAUUCAGUGAUCAAGCCAUAAGUGCAGUCUUUGCAAAUUAUUUCUGAAUACAGCUCUUGGGGUUUUUACCAGUUGAUGUGUGCAAGAACCACAUUUAGGACAUGAAUCAGCAUCGUGUUUCAGCUCUCAAUGUAGCUAACCCAGACCGCGGCAGAAAAUAACUGCAGAUGCUGGAAACUUGAAACAAGUCCAGUAUUUCUAUUUUGUUGCAGAACUAUUUUAGUUUGUAACACAAAUAUAUUUAUUCAAAAGACAAUCGAUUUGAAUCACUGAAAUCAUUUGAAUCAUUUGAAAGUUCAGUACUGUUGUCAUACUUCGACUGACUAACAUUGUUGGUACAGAUCAGAACCAGGAGUUGGCACUAAAGAUUUAGUUGCAUUUCAUUUUGCUGUUGAUUUUUACAGAAUGUUUUGUUAAUUUCACCCAAAGCAGAAUAGACUAUUGAGUAAAUGCAUUUAAUGGCCGAACUCAUAUUUUUUUACUGAGAUGCAAGGGAGUAAAUUCCUGUGCCACUCAGUUCUCAGAACAUGGGUGAAUGAAAACCACAUCGGAAAGAUAUUCCUUAAGCCUUCCCUUCUUCAAUUUAAACUUAGUUGUGGAAGAUAUCCCAGUACAUGGAAAAUAACUAGAAUAAACCCAAAGCUGAUGCAGUGUUUAGCUUCCAUUAAGAUGAUGCCUCAGAUGCAGUUAGAACCAUAAUGAUCCAUUUUUCUUAAAACGUUUCCUACAUUAUUGAUGCUCUCUAAAUGUAUAUUGGGACCUUCGGCCCAGACUCGCACUGCAAUUUAAUGCCAAGAGAACUAUAUGGUCAGAGGUGCCAUACUUCAUUUAGAUGCACAUUAAAGAUACCAUAAAACUAUUUGACGAGAGAAGAGUUUCUCCCACUGGUCCAGCCAAAAAUCCUCCAGAUUAAUUGCUCAUUUACUUCAUGGCUUCUGUGGAAAUUCACUGCCAUUUUGCCUAUAACAACACUUUAUAGAAUUACUUGUGAAGACAUGUUUUGACAAUAUCGUUAUGUAAAUGCAAGGAUUGUUAUUUUAGCGUUCUAAGACAGGCUCAAUUAUCUAACAUUAUCGUUGAUACACUGCGGUGUGCAGAUGGUAAGCAGUAUUCUUGCAAUGACUCCCUAGUGCGUGUGGUAGUGAUUUAAUUCUAAUUUGUAGAUUGUCGUCUCAUUUAAAAAAGGAUUGCAAACCAGUCACAAAACCCUUAAAGACUGCUCGUGGGCACAUGUGUUAUCCCACAAGCUCUGGGAUGCUAUCUUAUGUGAGAGGCGCUAUAUGAAUGCAAGAUGUUGUUGUAAGUUGUUAUUUACAUGGGGUGCAAGAGUCAAAGCAAAAUGCUUAAGUGGCAAUAACUUGUAAUUUUACUACACAUAUGGAUACAGAGUAAAAAAUAAAAAACUAAUAAUCUUCUGGUAA